UACACACACAGAAACAUGUACACACACGCACAAAGACACAUGUACACACACACAUACAGACACAUGUAUACACAGACACAUGUAAGUACAUACACACAAACACACACACGUACAUGUACACACACACAGACACAUGUACACACACAUACAUGUACACAUACACGCAGACACACGUACAGAUAUACACAUGUACAUACACACAGACACAUGUACAAUUGUACAUGCAUACACAGACACACACAAACACACACACAUGUACACAUACACCCCCCCCAUAAAAAGUUGCAGUACUUCAUUGUUCACUCACAGAGCCACUCCUUGCUUUGCUUUCACUGCGCUCAGCUAUUGAGCAGUCUGACGGCUUCCAGUGCCAAUGACAGAUCCGGCCUGAGCUCCGAGCCUGCUCAGCAAGAUAGCCCUGGGGGACACACUCGCCCCCACCAAAAUUUACACUCGCCAUUGGCGAGCAGGCGAGUGGAAAUUUCAAGCCCUGCUAUA